AUGGUCCUCUCCCAAUCCAAUGUCACCGGGUCAGGGCCCUUUCGAGCAGAAAUCCACCUACUUGGCCGUGCUAUUCUCCAGGGUCGGCAUGAUGGACUCUCCCUGCAGCAGCGACAGCGGGACAUUGCCAUCCUUCGGCAUGGGCUGCUGCUGCUGUACGAGGUGGCCAGGCGCCCUUUUCUCAGGGCUUAUGGGCGAGACUCGGAAGAAGGAGAUGGUGAGGAUGAAGAAGACCGCAAGAGCAGUCAGGAUGAAGAACCGCGACGCCGGUCGGUGAGCCAACAUCAUGGCUGCGAGGUAUACGCCGUAGCCUGGUACGCCUUGUCACUAUUCGUAGUGUAUCAACAACGGUCUGCCGGAGGUGCUGCUGGCAUUGAGCGCCGUUCACAGGCACGCUACAGCAUACGGUGUGAAGAAGAUAGAGAACAGCGAGUGCAAGGGGGAAAGAAAAAGGACGAACUGCCGACGUGUCCUCCUUUGUGCUCCCCUGCCAAUAAGUCAGAGCGACGAGUACGAGUAGUAAGGUGUCUUUCUUCUUUGCUUCUUCUUUGCUUCGUCUUCGUCUUCGUCUUCGUCUUCUUCUUCUUCUUCGUCUUCGUCGUGGCCAGAUCCGGGGGAAAGGGCAGCUGCUUAGUCAUGCUCAUUGUUGUCGUGUUAUUCAGCCCCUUUUCGGCUUGGGGCGUUUUUUUUUUGCCUUCAUCACGAGCAUCAGGAUGGAAAAUGACAGCGAGGAAGACGCUCGUGAAACCGAUGCAAAACAGCCUCUCGGUUGCUGGCCAGGGAUGCCAGUUGCUGUCAGCUCUGUCUCGCCGGUGA